UGUGACAGCACAGGAUUCGACGACACCAACUGUUUCUUCUGUACCUUCCUCUUCCGAAAUAACGAAUUCCCCAACACCUUCUGGUACGACAAUAACGAAUUCCCCAAUACCUUCUGGUACGACAAUAACGAAUUCUUCAAAAACUCAAAUUUCGUCAACAUUAUCGUCCAUCAAUGCUCCAAAUUCAUCUAUAUCUUCCAAAUCAUUUACUUCUUCUUUGACUUCUGCGGAUUCUUCUACAGAUUCUCUUACAGAUUCUCCUACAAUUUCAUCUUCUGUUAACACUAGGAUAUUGACAUCUACUCGCAAAUCUCAACCAAAACCAUCGAGAAGUUUAGGAGAUGGGAGUUCGAUCACGAGUACAUCUGAUACGCUCUCAACUAUUACCCAAGUAGAAACCGACACACCUUCACCUACGGGUACUACUUCAACCAAAACUUCUUCGGCGACUACUACAAAAUUCACUACAGUUCUUUCAACCCAGACUUCUGUUAAAUCAGGAUUUACAACACAAAUGACAACCACAGAUGCUAAUGGCGAAGAAACUGUAGUUUCUACUGUGAUACCACCAUCAACCGUUGUGGUAGUAAAAUCUGUUGUUUCAGCUGUGCCUGAUAACAACGUUGCUGCCUCACCAAAUUCAGGUAUUACUCUGAGGCAUCAAGGCACGGGUAUUGGUUUCGGUCUUGUGAUAGGCCUUAUAUAUGUGUUAAUAUAA